ACCUCGGCAGCAGUGGAAGAACGGAGGUGAAAGUUCGUAGCGGGGCAGCUGUGCUGGAAAACCAACUUGAGAGAGUAAUAUGGGGGAAAAUCAAGAUUAUACCGUUUCUUUACAAGAUAGCAAGGCUGCGUAUGUACUCAGCAAUGUUGCUGAAGUAGUUGAGCGAAUCCUGACGUUCGUACCAACCAAGUCGCUUCUCCGUAUCGCGAGUGUUUGCAGGCUGUGGAGAAACUGUGCCCGGAGAGUGCUGAGGACUCAGCAGGAGCUGACUUGGGUGUCGGCAUGUGGACCAUCUAAUACAGAUGCACAUGUCCUCUGCAGCAACCUGGCUGACGACGUGGAGAAAGUGUUUCUCCUGCCCAAAACUGUUCUGGCAAUGGUAGACUGUGAGGCCUUCAAUGCGCAAGGGUAUUGCUACAGACAGGGUAAAGCAAAGAAGAGUCGCCACAGUAUAGACACAGUUGAAGAACUGAACCUGCUCUUCCCCAAAGGCUGUGACAUCAUGGGCAUUGCUACACCAGGCAUAGUCUUGACUCCCAGUGGCUCUUGCUCCAGCCCUCCUCAGGAGUACCAGGAAGGGGAGGCUGGCUUUGCAAUCAUGUUCCCCACCAUAGAAGGUGUCCACAUCAAGCCCUUUCAUUUUUGCAAGAAGUCAAUCUCCACAACAGCCCUGAAAGAAGCAGGACUAGUUGACAACCCAGAGCUGCGUGUGGUCCUGAUCUUUUUCUAUGAGGCAUAUAAAUCUGGAGGAGGACGCUUUCUCAGCCAGAUACUGGAGCCGCUGGCCAAGAGCAAAGCUCUCAUUGCUGGAGGGCUGGUAGAAAGUUUCUUCUCUCCUACCAGACACUGCUGUAGCCAGGGUGCAUACGGUGUGGUGGGCCUGGCCCUGAGUGGCCCUAAGGUGCAGGGGGCGUCUGUGCUCUUGGACCAAGACGUCAGCAACUCAAAGGCGGCUGAAGCCACGAUCGGGCGGCUAAAGGCGGCCAAAAUUCCAGAGAGGAAUACCCUAGGGUUCAUGUUCGCCUGCGUGGGGAGAGGCCAGAACUACUACAACAACCAGACCAACGUAGAAGCUGACGCCUUCCACAAGGUGUUCCCCAACACCCCGCUUUUCGGCCUUUUCGGCAACGGCGAGAUUGGCUGCGACCGAAUCAUUAAAGAUGACUACACGCUGUGCGACACUGACACGGACAGUCUGCAGCAUGAGUACACUACAGUCAUGACCCUGGUCCAUCUAGGCUGACUGACCUGCUGUCACAAUGGACAAACGGGGCAAAAAAGACCCACCGCAUUCCUGUUUGCAACAGUGGUCGGAAACCUGAAACAUUACAAAAUAUUGCUUUCACCAUUCUGCUCAUAAAGCAAGUCUCCCUUUAGCCAUCAGUGUAAUGGCAUCAUUUGGGAAACUGUCCCUCGGAGACUGUGUGUAAACACGGCUUCAUAUUAAAACUGGUGUUUCAUAAAGUUCAGACAUAAAAAGUCAAACUGUU